AUGAAGUGGAUACUGUUCUUUGGGGAUCUUAUUGGGUCCAGCAUCUGUGGCCAAGAAAAGUUUUUUGGGGACCAAGUUUUCAGGAUUAAUGUCAGAAAUGGAGAUGAGAUCAGCAAACUAAGUCAGCUAGUGAAUUCAGACAACUUUAAGCUCAACUUCUGGAAAUCUCCCUCUACCUUUGGUCGUCCUGUGGAUGUCCUGUUCCCUUCUGUCAGUCUGCAGCCAGUCAAAUCCUUCCUGAAGUCCCAGGGCUUAGAGUACUUGGUGACUGUUGAAGACCUGCAGGCCCUUUUAGAUAAUGAAGAUGAGGAAAUGCAAUACAAUGAAGGUCAAGAACAGAGCAGUAAUAACUUCAGCUAUGGAGCCUAUCAUUCCCUGGAAGCUAUUUACCAUGAGAUAUACAGCAUUGCCAGAGAUUUUCCUGACUUGGCAAGCAGGGUGAAGAUUGGGCAUUUAUUUGAAAACCGGUCAAUGUAUGUACUGAAGUUCAGCACUGGAGAAGGCGGGCAGCAGCUGACCAUUUGGCUGAAUUCAGGUAUCCAUUCCCGGGAAUGGAUCUCACAGGCCAUGGUGAUCUGGACCGCAAGGAAGGUCAUACUAUCUGAUUAUGGGAAGGAUCCAGCCAUCACCUCCAUCUUGGAGAAAAUGGAUAUUUUCUUAUUGACUGUGGCCAAUCCUGAUGGAUAUGUAUACACACAAACUCAGAACCGAUUAUGGAGGAAGACACAGUCUCUAAAUCCUGGAAGCUCCUGCGUUGGUACUGAUCCAAAUAGAAAUUGGAAUGUUAAUUUUGCAGGAGAGGGAGCCAGUGACAACCCUUGCUCUGAAGUAUACCAUGGAGCCCACGCCAGUUCAGAAGUUGAGGUGAAACUGGUGGUAGAUUUCAUCCAAGAACGUGGGAAUUUCAAAUGCUUCAUCGACCUGCACAACUAUGCACGGCUGCUGACGUAUCCAUGUGGGUACAUGGUCAAAAAGGCCCCGGAGGCUGAGGAAUGUCUGGAUGAGGUGGCAAGGUGUGUAGCCAAAGCUCUGGCUUCCCUGUCGGGCACUGAGUACCAAGUGUGUCCUACCUGCACCACUGUCUAUCCAGCUAGUGGCAGCAGUGUUGAGUGGGCAUAUGAUAAUGGCAUCAAGUAUGCAUUCACUUUUGAGUUGAGAGAUAUUGGGCACUAUGGCUUCUUCCUGCCAGCCAACCAGAUCAUCCCCACUGCAGAGGAGACCUGA